AUGGAGUCGGCUCUUCCCCUCGUGCGCGAGAAACUGAAGGACAUCAAGCCCCCGAUCAGUGACGAUGCCAUCAGAGACUCGCUCUGGCACUACUGGUUCGACGUGGACAAGACGGUGACAUGGCUCCGCAAGGAGUGGGAAAAGAAAGGUAAGUUCAUUCCCCCUCCUCCCUCUCCUAUCUUGAGCGAGUGCGCACAAGCCAGCAAUCUAGGACAUCCGGCUGAGCGGACGCCAGGCGACGCCGGCCCGCCGAAAGAGCUCCUUCCAACGCCGGAGCAGGAGCCAAGGCCACGCCCUCGGAGAAGAAGAAAUGCUGCAGUCAAACCCGCAUCUCAACCGCAACCCUCGGCACCAUCACCGCAACCGCCCCUUACCGCUCUUCAGCGCCUCUCGCUUGCUCGUAAACAAGCUGCUGCGGGAUCGGCGUCCGCGUCAGCGUCAGCGACGCCCGCUAGCUCGGCUGCGUCGUCUGCACCCGCGACGCGCGGCAGCACUCCUGCCCUAGAUGCUCUGGCCAAGCCGAUGUCGAAGCUCGCUCUGCUCGCGCAGAAACGCCGUGAGGCAGCUGCGGCCAAGGAGGCAAGCAGCUCAUCCGCAUCUACAACCGUUUCGACACCCGUGCCUUCCCCGGUGCCGCCAGCGGAGCAAGCUGAGGCUGCACCCGUGCCGGCGAAACCGCUUUCGAAACUCGCACAGAAGAUGGCCGCCGCUCGUGCUGCCAGAGCCGAAGCUGCGUCGCGAGGGCCCAGCGACGGUUCGCCCGCUCCCACGACACCUGUACCUGAAGCUGCUGUCGAGCCAGACGAGCCAGAGACAGAGAUGUCCGCGCUGUUCUCGGUUGUCCUGCCGGUGAAGAAGAGCUCGAGCGCGCCCUCGACGUUCUUCAGCAUGCUCACCAAGCCUCCCGUUGAGCUGCCGCCGGAGAAGCAGCCCUCGCUCGCGCACAUGCACAUUGCUGUGCGCGGCGACCUGGCUGCCGCAGAGCAGCGCGUCCGUGAGGCUUUUGGACCCGGCGUCGAGAGCCCCGACGACAUUAUCUUGCGCAAGCAGGACGGUCGUGUCGCGACAGGAGGCGGAGCACAUUCAGUCGAGCCGCCAAAGGUCGUGCGCGAGGUGCGCGUCGAGAAGCCCGCCCAGGAGAAGCCAGUCCAGUCUGAGGUUGCUGCUGCUCAGAGCAAGCAAGCGAAGGAGCAGUCCAUGGCUCCGGCUGCUGGACCCAAGGGCUUGGACAACAAGCUGCGGCGUCAUCGCUCUCCUACGAAGAAGUCGGACUCGGGUCCUAAGAAGACAAAUGCGGCGUCCAAGCCUCCGGCGAAGGACAAGCCAGCUGGUGGGGCCAAAAAGUCGGAUCCGAGCAGACAAGCUCUGCCUCAGAAGGCGGCGUCCAACCGUCCUUCCAAGUCAACACCAUCCGCGGCCCCGGCGAAGGGCAAGACGAACGGAAAGCCGAAGCCUACCACAUCCUCCGGACCAUAG